UAAAAGUGUUAUUAGAAUUUCAUCCAAAGUAUGCAGUCAUCGGUGAUCAUAUCUGUCCUUCUUAUUGUUCUUGGAAUUGGAUCAGGCAUAGCCUACAGUCAGACGAAAUACUACACUCGUGUUCGUCAUGUUCCGUUCAAGAUUAUUGCAGCUGACAUACAGAAGAAUGAGAUUAACUCAACUCGACAGGAGUCGGAAACUGGUGACAUGAUGUCAGUGGCAGAAGCUGAAGAUGCUCAAGGAACAGCUGGCGAUAAAGCAGAAAAUGAAACAGAUUCGCUGGAUGAAGGUCGUUCGGAAGUAGAUAAUGAAUCGGAGCGAGAUAGCACUGAAGGAAAGCUUCAACAAACUGAAAACAAACGGCAAGGUGGAAACCAGCAACGAGUGGAUGGAUCACAAAGCCGACAACAACAAAAUAGAAAGCAAAUUGAGCUAGAUUCCUCUAACAAUAGGCAGAACAGAUAUAAACACUAUCCAAAGUAUCAGUUCGAAUACACUGUGAAGGAUCACUCCACCGGUGAUCACAAGAACCAUUGGGAAAUCCGUGAUGGAGAUUUCGUAAAAGGAGAAUAUUCACUCAUUGAGCCAGAUGGAUCGCAAAGACUAGUCAUGUACAAAUCUGAUGCGAAGCGUGGCUUUGAAGCCGAUGUCAAACAUCGUGGCAAAGAAGAAGUUAAAAUUGGAUCUGGCAAAGCUGGAAAGCCCCAAGCAUAUAGUUCUAUCAAAUUGAAACAAUAUCUUUAGAAGCUUUGUUGAGUAAUGUUAUUCGUUUGAGAGAGAGUAGUUUUAAAUUCGUUUUAAUUGUCGUUAUUAGAGUGUCCGGACUGCAGCCUUAAAUACAUAGA